GAGAGUCGGAAGCGCGGCGCGGCGGGGCGAGGCAGUAGCAGCGGGCCAUGCAGGACACGGAGAACGUGGCGGCGCCCGAGGCGGCCGAGCAGCGGGCCGAGCCCGGGCAGCAACAGGAGCAGCAGCCGGCCGCCGAGCCGCCGCCGGGGGAGGAGCCGCCGCGACCUGGGGGACCUGGCGCGCAGGAGGCGGCGAGCGGCGAGGACGCGGCUGCGGAGGUCGAGGCCGGGCCGGGGCCUGACGUGCCUGCCGAGCCCGCGGCCGGCGGGGAGGAAGCGGCCGGCGCCGCCCCCGGGUCGUCCCCGCCGCCGCCCGAGGAGUCCCUCGCUCCCGUCCCGGCCGCGGGCGAGGCCCCGGGGGAGCAGGCCCGGGACGCGGCGGCCGAGGCUCGGUCCGAGGGGGCGGGCGAGCAGCCCGGCGGCGCGGCGGAGGACGGCGGCGCGGACGAGCCUUCCUUCAGCGACCCCGAGGACUUCGUGGACGACGUGAGCGAGGAAGAAUUACUGGGAGAUAUCCUCAAAGAUCGGCCCCAGGAAGCAGACGGCAUCGAUUCGGUGAUCGUGGUCGACAAUGUUCCUCAGGUGGGACCUGACCGUCUGGAGAAACUCAAAAAUGUCAUCCAUAAGAUCUUUUCCAAGUUUGGGAAAAUCACGAAUGAUUUUUAUCCAGAGGAGGAUGGAAAGACAAAAGGGUAUAUUUUCCUGGAGUACGCGUCCCCUGCCCACGCCGUGGAUGCCGUGAAGAACGCCGACGGCUACAAGCUCGACAAGCAGCACACGUUCAGAGUCAACCUCUUCACCGACUUUGACAAGUACAUGACAAUCAGUGAUGAAUGGGACAUUCCAGAGAAACAACCUUUCAAAGACUUGGGGAAUUUACGUUACUGGCUUGAAGAGGCAGAGUGCAGGGACCAGUAUAGUGUGAUUUUUGAGAGUGGAGACCGUACAUCCAUAUUCUGGAACGACGUGAAGGAUCCCGUCUCUAUCGAAGAGCGGGCGAGAUGGACAGAGACAUACGUGCGCUGGUCUCCGAAGGGCACCUACCUGGCGACCUUCCAUCAGCGAGGCAUUGCUCUCUGGGGGGGAGAGAAGUUCAAACAGAUUCAGAGGUUCAGCCACCAGGGGGUUCAGCUGAUCGAUUUCUCCCCGUGUGAAAGGUACCUGGUGACCUUCAGCCCCCUGAUGGACACUCAGGACGACCCUCAGGCCAUCAUCAUCUGGGACAUCCUAACUGGCCAGAAGAAGAGAGGCUUUCACUGUGAAAGCUCAGCCCACUGGCCCAUUUUUAAGUGGAGUCAUGACGGUAAAUUCUUUGCCAGAAUGACGCUCGACACUCUCAGCAUCUAUGAAACCCCUUCCAUGGGUCUCUUGGACAAGAAGAGCCUGAAGAUCUCCGGCAUCAAAGACUUCUCUUGGUCUCCCGGUGGUAACAUAAUCGCCUUCUGGGUGCCUGAAGACAAAGACAUCCCCGCCAGGGUAACCCUGAUGCAGCUUCCUACCAGGCAGGAGAUCAGAGUUAGGAAUCUGUUCAAUGUUGUGGAUUGCAAGCUACACUGGCAGAAGAACGGGGAUUACCUGUGUGUUAAAGUCGAUAGGACUCCCAAAGGCACGCAGGGUGUUGUCACAAAUUUCGAAAUUUUCCGAAUGAGGGAAAAACAGGUACCUGUUGAUGUGGUCGAAAUGAAAGAAACCAUCAUCGCCUUUGCCUGGGAGCCCAAUGGGAGUAAGUUCGCUGUGCUGCACGGGGAGGCUCCUCGCAUAUCAGUUUCCUUCUACCACGUGAAGAGCAACGGGAAGAUCGAGCUCAUCAAAAUGUUUGAUAAACAGCAGGCGAAUACCAUCUUUUGGAGUCCCCAAGGACAGUUUGUGGUGCUGGCAGGUCUGAGGAGUAUGAAUGGUGCCUUGGCGUUUGUUGACACUUCCGACUGCACGGUCAUGAACAUUGCAGAACACUACAUGGCCUCCGACGUGGAGUGGGAUCCUACCGGGCGUUACGUCGUCACCUCCGUGUCCUGGUGGAGCCAUAAGGUGGACAAUGCUUACUGGCUGUGGACCUUCCAAGGCCGCCUUUUGCAGAAGAACAACAAGGAUCGCUUCUGCCAGCUGCUGUGGAGACCCCGGCCCCCAACACUGCUGAGCCAGGAGCAGAUAAAGCAAAUUAAAAAGGAUCUGAAGAAAUACUCCAAGAUCUUUGAACAGAAGGAUCGUCUGAGUCAGUCCAAAGCCUCCAAGGAAUUAGUAGAGAGAAGACGAACCAUGAUGGAGGAUUUCCGGAAAUACCGGAAAAUGGCCCAAGAGCUCUAUAUGGAGCAGAAAAACGAACGUCUCGAAUUGCGAGGAGGUGUGGACACUGAUGAGCUGGACAGCAACGUGGAUGACUGGGAGGAGGAGACCAUCGAGUUCUUUGUCACAGAAGAAAUCAUUCCUCUUGGAAAUCAGGAGUGAGCCGAGAGCACUGUGUCACGUGUCCCGUGCUGGACCCAGGCUCAUCCUCUUGCGGAACCUGCACAACCCCUGGGACCCCCCGUGCUUUCUCCUGCUCUGGCUGUGCCCACACCUGGGUUCUUCCAUCCACACAUUGUUGUGCCUUGUAACCCCCGGGAGCCACGCUGGGGGCGUUGGAAGGCGCUGCUUCACGUUUUCUUGUUUGGGUUUUUUAAAGUCACACCACCAGUGUCUGCUCUUGGACUCGGGCACGUGCUCCGGCAGGCGCUCUCCUCCGGCCGCGGUGGUGCUUCCGAGGUGCAGCGUCCACAGCUGAGCAGUCCUCUCGAGGUCCCUUCCUGUCCCAUGCGCGUGGGCCAGUGUUGGUGUCCUGGCCGCCGACGGGGGAGCAGUGCGGCGCUGUGCCCGGUGUGGUCGGAGGGCAGUGCAGCGUGGACUCCCCGCCGCCCGGGGUGUGGCAGGUUCUCUCACCAGGCUGAACAUGGAAAUAAAAGCAAACCUGUGUGAAAAA